AGAGACGUAUUUUCGAGCUCGUUCGAGCUUCUUUCGCACGCCGAGUAUAUUCGUUUCAACUGGAGGAUCUGCAGACGGCACAUAGAACGAAAUUUUAAUAUGCGCUUGUGAGAAGUUUCGUCGAGGAAAGUUGCGAACAGACACGUCGGUUGAGAGAGUAAAGGACCGAAGGACGGGAAGAUAAAGGCUGGAAGGACGGGACGGCCAAGAAGACACGAGAAUGAGAUACAAGGUGAACGAUCCGGAGGAUAAUGAGAGAGACACGGUAGAGAACGCGAAAGGAAAUUCGGACGUCUCGUGGAAUUACAAUCAGCGAGAUGAAAAGAAAUCAAGCGGAAAGGAGAUGCGGCUCGUAAUAGUCGUCGGAUUGUUAGCAGUUACCGUUAUCGCCCUUAUCGUGGCACUAACUUUGCAAAUGGCAGUCUUUCGCAAAGAAGAAUACAAGGAGAUGUGUCAGAGCGAAGAAUGUAUUAAGACAGCGGCGCGAGUGAUAGGUGGGAUGAAUAGAUCCGUGAAUCCCUGCAAGGAUUUCUACAAUUUCGCCUGCGGUGGCUGGAUCAAUAAACAUCCAAUUCCACAAAGUCAGAGCUUUUGGGACCAACUGAGUUUGCUUAGGGAGAAACUUCUAGAAAAUUUAAGGAUUUUACUUGAGGAACCUGAUAAGGAGAACGACCUUAGGCAAGUGAAACUGGCGAAAGCUCUUUACAGGACCUGCAUGGAUGUCGCGAGUGUUGAGGCUUUAGGAUUGGAACCCAUCUUCGAGGCACUCAAUAGUCUAGGUUUACCAAAGGAACCACCGAUGCAGGAUAAAAUACCUUCUCUUGACAUAUCGAGAAUGGCUGGCAUAGCGCAACGAACGUUAGGUUUGAACCUCUUCGUCAAUUUCUACAUCAGCGAGGACAUUAAGGAUACUACAAAGAAUGCGAUGGUGAUGGAGCAAGUAUCUCCUGGAUUCAGUGAGCGUUAUUUAUUGGAUCCGCGACGUUUUCAAUCGGAAUUAAUGGAGUAUAAAAAAUAUAUAAAGUCCAUGGUCGAACUAGCGGGAGCUGGUAAUAUGAGUGCGAAUUAUGCUAACGAGAUUUUAGAAUUCGGCACGAAACUCGCCAAGAUCAUGGCAACAAAUGAGGAACGACGUGGCAAGGAUCAUCUCAUUCAUGAAGUGUCGAUCGACGACCUGCAACAACUCACCGAUUUACGAGCGCAGCAGUGGAACUGGACAAAAUACGUGAAGGCCGUGUUCGAGAACACAAAUGUCACGAUAAAUCCGACCGUGGAUCGGAUUAUCAUCGUGGACUUGAAGUAUUUGCAGCAAUUGCCGCUUCUGCUAUCCGUCACUCCAUCCGCUACGAUAGUGCGAUACGUUUGGUGGAGUGUGUACGCGACCGUUGCCCCUUUGACGCUGCAGAAGUUUCGCGAUCUCGGCUUCCAGUUCUGGCAGAAGAUCUUCGGGUUAAAGGAAAAGACCCCGCGCUGGAAGGAAUGCACUGGAAAUGCCAACACGAACUUUGGCAUGGCGUUGAGCUACAUUUAUGCGCAGAAACACUUUAAUGAACAAGCGCGAGAAAAGGCGUUGGAGAUGCUGCUGGAUAUUAGGGCCGCGUUCGAUGAAAUGGUCACGGAGCUAGAUUGGAUGGACGCCGGAACGAGAGCUCGAGCUCAUAAAAAAUUGCACGCGAUGAGGCCAUUCGUAGGAUUUCCCGAUUGGAUCACGAAUCCAAAGGAAUUAGACAAAUUUUAUGAAGGAGUAGAGGUGAUCGAUGGGAAGCUGUUCGAGACUUUGCUCAAGCUAACUAAUGUGGCGAUGAAAAAAAGUCUCAAUAAUUUGCGCGAGAAGCCUGACAGGAGUAGAUGGAUAUCGUCGGGCACGACAGUAAACGCAUUUUACAGCGCGAUAUUAAACUCAGUCACUUUUCCAGCUGGUAUCUUACAUCCUCCAUUUUAUGGCAACGGACUGGAAUCCAUAAAUUAUGGCGCUAUAGGGGCGAUUAUGGGCCAUGAGCUUACGCAUGGUUUCGACGAUCAAGGUCGCCGAUACGACGAGAAUGGCAAUGUACGACAGUGGUGGAGCGAUGAGACAUUGCGACACUAUCAUGAAAAAGUGCAGUGUAUAAUUGAACAAUAUAGCAGUUAUCAUUUGCCGGAGUUGGGCGAUAAUUUUACGGUGAACGGUAUCAAUACCCAGGGUGAAAAUAUCGCUGAUAACGGCGGCAUCAGGGAAGCUUAUAGGGCGUAUCAGAGGCUAAUUGCACGCAGUCCGAAUCAGCAAGCUCUACCUGGUCUCGUUGACUACAGCAACGAGCAACUGUUCUUCUUGGGUUUUGCACAGGUCUGGUGCGGCAAUUAUACGAACGGAUCAUUGAAGUCCAAGGUGAUAGAAGGUGUCCAUGCACCAAACCACUUUCGAGUUAUCGGCACGCUGUCAAACAACGCCGAAUUCGCAAAGGCGUGGAAGUGUCCGCUUGGUAGUCCAAUGAACCCGUCGCAUAAGUGCAUUUUGUGGUAGACAUCUUUCGCAUAAUUUCGAGCAGAACGUAACGCCUAGAAACUGUUAUUUCCUUCAGGCUUAAUCUUUCUAGCACAGAAGAAGGCGUUGGUACAGUGAUAAGUCUAAGAAAUUGUAAAUAGAUUGAUUUAUAAUUAUAAUAAUAGAAACUAGUGAGUAAUUUAUUAAGCACUUAGGCAUUCUAUUCAUACUCGUAAGCUUAUGAUGUAAAUAUCACACGGAUGAAAAGAAAUAAUAACUUUUAUAAAGAGA